AUCCCGACCUCAGAGGUGGGCACGCGACGACGGGAGGUCGUCUCAGUAAAAUUGAGUUUUCUCGCGAAGUCCUCAACCGAUUUCCAAAAACUUGAGUUUGUUUCAAAGCUUAGAGUAUGCCUAAUAUGUACGUUUUUACCGAUUUGAUUUAUCUCUUUUCGUUUGGAAGAUACAAGGUAGGGAACCUUACUUUUUGAAUGACCCUCGUAAAAAGAAAGAUUGCAUAAAUACAAAUUGAAAAAAUUACGAGGUUCUCAAAUCGAAAGUUGAUUGGGCACCGUCAUAAGUUUAUAAAUUGGCAUUGUGUAUUUUAUAAACCUCACUUUUGGUUUAUUUAGUAUUAUAUAUUAUCAUUAAAUACUUAUAUCCGUUCAUCGAUGUUUUUUCUACUAUAUUUUCUUUUAAGUGUUUUAAUAAAAAAAAAACUGCGUACAAAAAAUAAUUAUGAGAAAUGAAAAAAGGUAAAAUCUCUUACGUCGGAUUUUCACUCUGUCUCACCUCUGAAUAAUAUUUAUGGCAUUAAUUUCUUUUUUUUAUUUUUCCUUAACGUUAAUAACAAAAUUCUCGUACACAUGAUGCAAAUCAUCAUAAUGAGUUUACGGCAGUCAUAGAUCGCAAAAAGCUUUUUAUCAAUCAUCAAUUCAAGUAUUCUACGCAAGUCUCUUCUUCUCCUUUUUAUGUAAUGAAUUAGGUAAGCUGUGUUGUUAGCUCCUUCACAGAACAAUUGUAUAUUAGUUCUUUUAAGUUUGCUUGCAAUUACAUGAAACCUAAGUCAACCUGAAGGACAUUCCAUAUCGACGUUUGACUAGCAAACUUGUAACACUUUAUCUCGCCCUGAAUACAUUCAUUCAUAUUUUCUUUUUAAGCCAGAUCCUGGUCUGAUUCAGGACCUAUCCGUUAAAUUUGGACCAAUUUAGUCACGCAUAGUUUGACUGACAGUUGAAGUCAAACGUAAAUUUGAGGAAUGAUUGCCGCUUUUCGCCACCCUUGCAAAAUCAAAUAUUGAUUUUAUGAAUCUACAGUUGACCAGGAUAUACAGGUUGAUUGAAAUUUUAUAAACUGUGUCCUUUAAAUGAUGAUUUGCACCGAAAGGUACACUGAUCAAAAAAACUGCGGGCAUGGAAGUCGUAGUUACGGGCCAUAUAGCACUACCGUCCGUUGCGGGCUGAGAGGCCAAAAGUUACGGGUGGAGCAAUCGGAGCUACGGCUCCAGCACCCAGAACUCUUAGCCUCUGAGCUCGCAACGGACGGUUUUGCUGUAGAGCCCGUAACUACGACUUUCACGCCCGCAGUUUUUUUUUUUUUUCAGUGAUGUUUGUGAAUCCAUUCUAAAACGUGCUUUAUUGUAGAGUUUGUACUUCUAUGGCUGAGCCGAUUACUCUUGACAUACCUACGUCAACGGUUGCCUUGAUGGUGUCGCAAUGAAAAGCACGUUCAUUUUGAUGAGAAAUCGAUAUUUUUGCCCACAUAUUUAACUGUUUACAACGCAGCUGUUGAAACAUUACCUGAUUCAUAUUUAUUGCUUUUCCACUGUCAAAGCUCAACAACUCGAUUUUUAACAGCUCUUAACGAGACAUAUUUAGUGCACACCUUCUUGCAAACGAUGUAUAUACUGAAAAAUAAGUUUAAUUAUUUUCCGCUUUCUAAAUUCUCCAUCUCAUUUUGUGUUGUGUCUUGUGUCCUUCCGACAGUUCUGAGCUUUAACUUCAGAAGAGGAAAUGUGUCGAGCUAUGACUUCAGAACCAUGAACAUGUCUCCGGUUAUUUUAAUCCCUGGAGUGGUUGGGAGUAUAAUAGAGGGUACAUGGCGGACACACGGGCAACCACGCCUCUGCACCGCCAAGGAGAAAGACUGGGAAGUGCUGUGGCUCAGUUUGAAAACCGCAUUUGGAGGAAAACCUUUAAAAUGCUGGGUUUUCAGGUACAAGCUAAUCUACAACCGAACCGCGCACAAGAGCAGCAAUCAAGAUGGGGUGAAGACGCGAGUGAUGGGAGAUUUCGGAAGCCUGAAGGCUGUUGAACAUUUGACAAAGGAUUUGAUCACUAGGAUUGGGACUGGUUACUUCGAUGACAUCGGGAAAGCUCUCCGGAAAAGCGGCUACAGUACCAAACGUAACUUGAAAGGGGCGGCCUACGACGGUCGCUAUGCACCACCGCAACUAGAAGAAAAGUAUGGUUAUUUCACGAGCCUAGCAAAAUUGGUCGAACAGCUUGCCAAUGACUCAGGACGUAAGGUAACACUGGUCUCUCACAGCAUGGGUGGUUUAAUUGGGUCUCACUUCCUGACCAAGCAACCACCGGAGUGGAAAGACAAAUACAUUAACCUCUUCGUUCCUAUCUCAACACCAUGGCUGGGAAGCCCUUUGGCUGUGUCGGGUUUCAUCGAAGGGACUAAUUUUGACGUUCCAACGUUCAAGAAGUCGGUUAUGAGAGAUCUCGUCAGAACCUUUCAGUCCGUGGCUCUCCUGUUACUUUCCGAGGAAGCAUACAAUAGAACAGUAAUUGUUGAAUGGCCGGAGCAAAACAAGACGUACACAGCAGCUGACUACAAGCAAUUAUUCACUGACAUCAAGUACCAGGAUGGAUUUCUGAUGAGGGAGGACGUCCGUUCGUUGAUGCCCGUCGCAGGCGAUAAACUAGGGGUAGAUAUUGUGUGUAUUUGGUCAAAAUCUGUCAAAACAAAAUUUAAGAUGGUCGUGAAAGGCGAUAUUGCUAAUCCAACAUCUGUCAGUUACGAGACCGUGGACGGAGAUGGGACCGUGACCCUUGACAGUUUACGGUACUGCGAGACAUUUCCUAACGUGACCACCCAAGAGUACACUGGUCUUGAUCACCUGAAGAUAGUUUACUCGAAGGACUUCAUCAACUACCUCCAAUCAGUCCUCGUAAACGCAAAACCCCUCUGAAAUGGAUCAGCGGAUAGGGCUCGCUGGAAAGCCUACACUGCUUAGCGUAUGCAACCAGGAAAGCAAUCAAACACGAAUAGUUGUAUCUAGGGGUUAUUGUUGUCUUUCCGUCCUCUAUCUAGUUUCCCUGGUGAAAUGUCCCGGGUUUUCAGCGUUUUCUAACUUGCCUGGACUUGUUGUCUAACUCUCUAACUUUGAUUUAAAUUAUGAGAUAGCUUCAUCGAUAGAAAAGGAAAGUAUAAAGUCACACACUUUAAUUUUAAAAUAAUAUUUUAACACUCUCCGAAAAUUUGAGCUCUUAUCAUCGAAAGAGGAAAGAAAACCGAGCGAAACAAUCAGCUGCUCUUGUACGAGAUUUAUAGAAUGAUUGAACAAAUAAAAUAGCAAAAUUAUGAACACACAAUUGUGAAGAUGCAUAUAUUGAAUUUAAAGGUAACAAAUAAAAGAAAUUAUGAACUUCAAAGAUUCUAUUAACCGUUACAGAAGAAUGAAUCCUUUUAAAAAUCGGACGACUAUGAUACCUAAGAAUAUACAAAAUGCAGUGUUUAUAUUUAUUUCUCUCUUUAUUUGUGUCCUCACUCUUAUAACCUCUAAAAAGUUCACAAGAAUGUGUGAGGUGAAAAAGAAAAAAAAAACCAGAUAGUAAAACUUGCCAUCGACACGAAAGUAUCGGUUGAAAAGGGGAUUGUGGUGGAAGUAAUUCAAAAUUCAUAGAUUUGCACCACUCUCUUAGAAGACAGGUUUACAAACAAAUGGGCACAAAAGAAUAACGCACCCAGACAUAUUAUUAUCUGUGAGCUUUUAGCGAUCUAAACUUAUCCUUGAGAAAGAGCUAAUUGGAGUCUUCACCCCCUUUAGUCGAGGCUCGGUGGUUGAAGCGCUGAGAUCAUAAUGGGACCUUACGAGUUUUAUCGACAUGAAAAUAAAUUAAAUAUCAUGAAACGUUGGAAUAGUAUUGGUACGUUGGGACACCCCACGUUAAACCAUGAAAUUUAGAUUUUUUAUCCGACUUCUCACACAGUGCCACAAGGAGAAAUUUGCCUCCCUACAAUUCUUAUUGCCACGGCCGGUCAUUUCACUCGAGCAAACAUGUGAUAAGGCAAAAACAAAGCGUCAGCUCUCAGUUUAAGAGAAUUUUGGCCUUUAAAAACACAGCAAAUGACGCCGAUUCCGCUUUUCCGCGUUCGAUUGGCCAUUCAACCAAGUUUUGAAAAAAAAGAA